UCAAUCUGACCGAGCCUCCUCCAGACAGCAUGAUGCUCCAUCUCUGUCUCCCUCUGCUAGUGGUGCUCCUGCAGCCAGCUCUGUGUCUCUACAACUGCUCAUCUGAAUAUGAGAGAACACCAGACAGCUCAGACAUGACAAUUGACUGUGGCACCACGAUGAUCACGUUGGAGAUCAACCUGUGCACGGCUCAGUGGGCAGGCUUCAACACCACCGACCUGGCUCUGAACGGGGAACACAACAAUACAGACUGCCAGGGCUCUGCUGACACCAGCGUGGACCCUCCAAUCAUCCGUUACAAGCUUCCUGUUAACCACAGUCUGGAUAACCCCUGCCGCCAGUCUCUGCAGAUUGUGGAUGAGAACCCAGACCCCACAGGUCCCUUCAGCAGCUUCUCAAGUAUCCAGUCAGUCAUCAUCACUGGGUACAUUGACACACCCAGAUCUGACCAGGGGAUGAUCAGCUACUCCACAGACCUCUACUACCAUUUCUCCUGCCGCUACCCGCUGGAGUACCUCAUCAACAAUACAAAGAUUGUGGCCUCUUCAGUUUCUGUGGCGACCGGCACUAAUAAUGGAACCUUUAUUGACACACUGCAAAUGAAGGUUUUUAAUGACUCUGACUAUACCCACCCGUUAGAGGUUCCUUCAACAGGACUUGAGCUACGAACCAAGAUCUAUGUGGAGGUCAAGGCUGUUAACCUCACAGGAAAUUUUUAUGUACUGCUGGAUCACUGCUUUGCCACUCCCACCCCUUACAACGUAUCACACACUGAGAAGCACAACUUCUUCACCGGCUGUAAUGUGGAACAAAGGACAUAUGUGACAAGUAAUGGCGUUUCCAAGAUUGCCCAGUUUUACUUCGACGCUUUCCGCUUUGUUCAGCACCGCGACCAGGCCAAGUCCGUCAUCUAUCUGCACUGCAUACUGAGACUCUGUGAGCCCAGCAAAUGUCAAGAGCUGCUCGCUGGCUGUAAUAACCAAAAAAGAAGAAAAAGAUCUGUGACUCCUUUUGGAGAGGAAGGCAACGACUCUGCCACUGUUACAGUUGGACCUCUUUACACUGCUGGAGAAGACAGACCAAAUGCUGCUGCCUACAGUAAUAACAUGGCAUCAGAGAGGGAUGACGUGAACGUGCCAGGCCUGGUGGUGGGGGUGGUGUUUGGCUCGGCUGCUGCUGUCAUGCUGGUUCUGGGUGGCUGGUUUGCCGUGAAGAAGUUUUACUGGGCGGGAGGAUUACCUCACGCCUUUGACUGACGGAUCAACUGCCGAAUGUCUUCACCUUGUUGCCUCAUACCAUAUUGCAACUGUAUGGUUGUUUGCGAGGACAUUACAUCUGAUAAUGUUGUGAUUUGUCAGGAAACCAUAGAAACCAAGCAAAUACGCUUAUAUCUUAUGUAACCUCUUCUGUCUAUACUUGAUUAAUCUGCACUCAGAUUUCAUUUAUCGGUUAUGAAGGAACAGUCAAACCUGAACUAUGUGUAAAAAAAGAAA